AUGUCUGGAGACAGCUACAGUCGCGGUCAGAAGCGCAAGCUUGAUCAGCAAGAAGGAAGAGAAUUGCUCGGCAUGGGCGCCACCUUGUCCCGACUUAAUGGCGACAGUGACCCGGACUCGAACAAGAAUGCCGUCAGCUCUCCUGCUGCGACAACACAAGGUGCUAGCGAUGACGGUGGAGAGUGGACGACAGUCGACCGCAGCUCUAAGCGCCACAAGAAGAGCAUACAUCAGAACUAUCCUCAAAUCACCCAUGCCCCGAACGCUCGUCUUCAAUCUUUUGUCAAGAUCUCCGACUUGCAAAACCUCGUCCUCUAUCUGCUGGCCGACGGCAGUGGCCCUCAAUGGAUCAGUGUGCGCCACAAGAAGGACAUUGAGCGUGUCGUUUGUCUCAUGGUGCCUGGUCUCGAAGCAGACAUGUUCAACGCCAACAUCAAUCUGGAUCCAAGUCAAGAGCCAGUCACGAAAAGCAUUCCUCAACAGGCAGAAACUGGUGCAGAAGAUACUCCUCCCUCGAAGAAGCUGAAGAUUACAAUUUCGCCCGACGACUACUACCCUGUCAAGCUCGUUUCGCCAAAAUUGCCUGCCCCGUUACAGCCUUUCGCCGAAAUGUUCCCUCACAUCUGGCCGGUCAAGACGCCCGGAGAGUUUAACCGUAUGCACUCACCGCUACAAGCUCUGUUGACAUCACCUCUGCCCAAAGCAAAAGACGAAAAGAAGAUAAAGGGUCCCAAGCCUCCAAGGGAAGGUGCAAGAUGGCAGAACCAGAGGACUCCUAUCACUGAAUUCCUAGCAACAAGAGAAGAACUUAUGGACAAUGGAUACGCUAUACAUCCUGCCUACUUGCGAUCAGAUGCCGAGCGUGCAGCCGAGAAGGCAAGACGUCACAAGUAUUGUCAAUCUGAAGAGGAUGGCUGGAUAAACUUGCCCGACAUCUCGUCUCUUGAUGAAGGCAUCGUACCAUCCGAGGAGAUCGAGCAGGGCAGCAUUCUACAAGGACGCAAUGUGUUAACAGUCGACUGUGAGAUGAUCACCACAUCAGAAGAGAAGUUCGCUCUUGCUCGUGUAUCCUUCAUAGACUGGGAUGGCAACAUUGUGCUUGAUGAGCUCGUUAAGCCUCCAGGUACGGUAACAGAUUACUUGACACAGUACUCGGGUAUCACCAAGGAAAUGAUGGAGCCGGUCACACAAACCCUCGCUGAGCUACAGGCAAAGCUGAGGGAAGUGCUUACUCCUCGCACGAUUUUGCUAGGUCACUCUCUCGACUCCGAUCUUCGCGCCCUUCGCAUUGCUUUCCCCUUCAUUGUCGACACUACACUCAUCUAUCCUCAUCCCAAAGGUCCUCCUCAAAAGUCAUCUCUCAAAUGGCUCACCCAGAAAUAUCUUUCACGCGAGAUCCAAAAUCGUGGUCCACAAGGUCACGACAGUGUCGAGGACGCAAAAGCAUGUCUCGACCUUGUUAAGCAAAAGUGCGAGAAGGGCAAGACGUGGGGUACUUCUGAAGCAACGAGCGAGAGUAUCUUCAAGCGUCUUGGUCGUGUCGGUGUAGAAGAUGACAAAGACGAGGGCGGCAUGCUAUCUGAAGAGAAAGAGGAGCAGGCAAAGACCGGCCGCACAGGUGCUGUUGUAGAUUGGGGUGACCCGAAGCGCGGCUUCGGUGCUGCUGCUACUUGCACCGUGGCUUGCGAGAGUGAUGCAGAUGUAGUUGCCGGUGUUCAACGCGUUCUCUCAGGACCUCAGACAACCGAAGAAGCCGAUGCUCCUGGUCAACACAUUCCCGUUGGUGGUUGCGAUUUCGUCUGGGCACGUCUUCGCGAGCUCGAAGCCCUACGUGGUUGGUGGACUCGCACAACCUCCGCCGACGCAGCUGCUCGUCUCGCCAACACUCUUGCCGACAACAACGCCUCUGAAGGUCAAGAGAUCAGCACUUCCGCUCUUGCAGAUGCCGUAACACGCACCACUGCAUCCGUCAAAGCCAUAUAUGACUCCUUACCACCAAAGACUGCCUUCAUCGUCUACUCUGGCGGUGGUGACCCGUCUGAGAUGCGCCGUCUUCAAUCCAUGCAACAGCAAUACAAACGCGACUUCCAGACCAUGAAGUGGGAUGAGUUGCCCAUCAAGUGGACGGAUGUCGAGGAGCAAGAGCUCAAGAAGGCUGCUAUGAAGGCUAGAUCUGGUGUUGGUUUCGUGGUGUGUAAGUAG